GCCGACGGCGACCAGCCUGCCCGCGGCCGAGCUGGGCUUUGCGACCGCGGUGGGAGCCGCGCCUCAGGCUCCGCCGCCAGCCGGGGCUCGGGCUGGGGCCCGGGCCCCCGGGGAUGGCCCUCCGGCCCACACAGGGCGACGGCUCCGCCGGCCGCUGGGACCGCGGCUCGGGGAAAGCAGACUUUAAUGCCAAAAGGAAAAAGAAGAUGAAGGAGAUACACCAGGCUCUGAACAGUGAUCCUACAGAUGUGGCCACCCUCCGACGAAUGGCUAUCAGUGAGGGCGGGCUCCUGACUGAUGAGAUCAGGUGCCAGGUAUGGCCCAAGCUCCUCUAUGUCAACACGGAUGAGCCACCGCCUGCGUCAAGAAAGGAUCUGCGACACAUGAGCAAGGACUACCAGCAAGUGCUGCUGGACGUCAGGCGGUCUCUUCGGCGCUUCCCUCCGGGCAUGCCAGAUGAGCAGAGAGAAGGGCUCCAGGAAGAGCUGAUCGACAUCAUCCUCCUCAUCUUGGACCGCAACCCUCAGCUCCACUACUACCAGGGCUACCAUGACAUUGUGGUCACUUUUCUGCUGGUAGUGGGCGAGAAGCUGGCAACAUCCCUGGUAGAAAAAUUGUCUACUCAUCACCUCAGGGAUUUCAUGGAUCCCACAAUGGACAACACUAAGCACAUCCUAAAUUAUCUGAUGCCCAUCAUUGAUCAAGUGAACCCGGAACUCCACGACUUCAUGCAGAGUGCUGAGGUGGGGACCAUCUUUGCCCUCAGCUGGCUUAUCACCUGGUUUGGGCACGUCCUGAUGGACUUCAGGCACGUUGUGAGGUUAUACGACUUCUUCCUGGCCUGCCACCCGCUCAUGCCCAUUUACUUUGCAGCUGUGAUCGUGCUAUACCGGGAGCAGGAAGUCCUGGACUGUGACUGUGACAUGGCCUCUGUCCACCACCUGUUGUCCCAGAUCCCCCAGGACCUGCCCUAUGAGACGCUCAUCAGCAGAGCAGGAGACCUCUUUGUGCAGUUUCCCCCUUCUGAACUUGCAAGGGAGGCGGCUGCUCAGCAGGAAGCUGAGAGAACGGCAGCUUCUACUUUCAAAGACUUUGAGCUGGCAUCAGCCCAGCAGAGGCCAGAUAUGGUGCUGCGGCAGAGGUUUCGGGGACUUCUGAGGCCUGAGGCUCGAACAAAAGAUGUCCUGACCAAGCCAAGGACCAACCGCUUUGUGAAGCUGGCAGUGAUGGGACUAACAGUGGCACUUGGAGCAGCAGCACUAGCAGUGGUGAAGAGUGCCCUGGAGUGGGCCCCUAAGUUCCAGCUGCAGCUGUUCCCCUAAAUUCAGCUCAAGGAGCUCUUCCUCACCCAGUGCCCCAAGCUUCCCCAUUUCCAGAAAGAGGGUGGAAUUGCUGUGAUUAAAGGGUUUCUGUCAGGGGUGUCCUGUCUGCCACCCUUGGCAGCUUGUCUUUUGGCUUUGGUGGCUAGUGGCAGAGCUAGCCACCUGAUACUGGGCUUGGUGGACCUGCUUGCUGUCUGCACCUCUCCCCCUAUUGGAAGUGGCUCUGGAGCACCCGGCUACCCAACUCACUGCCUAGAAGAAAGUUGGGCCCAGAGAUGCCCUCCUUACAGCACCAUGUGUUCUGUGAUCUUAGCGUAGGCAGGGGCUGCUGAACAAAGUCCAGCCUUGGAAUGAAAGCAAGGGGAGAAAGCACUAGCCUAGGAACCAGCUGGGUCCUCCUAAAAUCGGCUUCAUUAGUGGUCAGAAUCAGAGGAAGACAUGAGCUGUUCUAGUUAAAUUUUAUGAUCCCAGCCUAGAUUUUUGUGUGCAGAGGAAUGUUAAUCAUCUGGACAGUGUUGCCCGUGUCUCCCUGUUUUCUUUACAGGCCAUGACAUUACCUACAAAGAGAUUUUUAAUUCUAUUUUUAUGAUUGUAUACCACACCUAACAUAGCAAGUAAUCUCAUUUUUAAAGUUACUUAUGUGUGUGUGCAGGUGCCCACAGAGGCCAGAGGCGGACUUUUUCCUGGAGCCUGGUGUGGGUCCUGGGAUCUGGAUACCAGUCCUCUGGUGAAGCAGAAGCAGAAAGCGCUCUUAACUGCUGAGCCUCUCUCUAGCCUCUUUGAUAGCUCCUUCAUGGAGAAGCUAGCAGAGUGAUGAGCUUCUCCUGGUUUAGCAUUUACUUAUUUUUGGAGGGAGCCCAGGGCCUUACACAAGCGAAGCAGGUGUUCUGCCACUGAGCUGCCCCAGCCUUUUUUAGUAGUUCUUCUUUUUGAGACAGGGUCUACCAGAGUUACCCAGGCUGGCCUUGAACUUUUGAUCCUUCUGCGUCAGCUCCCGAUUAUCUGGGAUGACAGGAUUGCACCUGUGAUAUGCUCCCUGCUCAAUUUAGCCAAAGUUGCUUUGUGAACAGCCCCAUAUCCCACAGUGCCACUUCCUGUCCCACUUUCCUUAUUUUCCACUAAUUACCCACCUUGGCCUGUCCUUUCGUUGAUCUCCUCAGCUGCUGGUCUCAGGCUGGGAAUAUCCUUGGAAACUUGCCAGUAUGUAGACAGGGUUUGGCAGGAACCCCACACUACCAGCCCCACUUACCCCUGGGCUCCUCCAGGAGAGGUGCAUGGGAUUCAUGGGAUCACUCGGUCUUCCUAGGAUGGCUUUGUUAAAAGUGAAGCCAGGUGUGUUUUAUAGUAACUGGCUUGAAAACAAAAGUGCCUUUUGCUGCUUUAGAGUGUGUAGUGGGAAGCAUCUGUGCGCUUCCAGUUUCCUCAUCUUUCCUGGGCACUCUUCUCCAGUCCUGCCAUGUCCAGACCCCACGUGUGUCUCCUGCCCAUCCCUUUGUCCCCUGUGCCUACUGUAUGCAGUGGGACACUGCAUGCCAGGCAGCCACAAAGCCAGAGCACAUACGAGGUGUCCAGGCUGAGUUACACAAAGCACUUUAAUCAAGUCAAGCUGGAGUGGUAAGUCCUCUGCACAGCUCUGCCUGGGGUGAGUGAUUCACCGGGAUUAAUUCAAGACAAAGAAUUUUCCCAGGAUCCAGUGAUAAGGUGACAAAUACUGUCAGUAUUUGUCAGGAAUACAAACAGGAACUUUUCAUCUAUGCCUCUAUAGCCUGCUUGAAGAGCUGUGGAAGUGUGCUGGCUGAGGGAAGGGGCAUGGGCCCAGGGUCCAAGCCACAAUUCUGCAUCCAAGCAAGCAGGUGGCACUGACUUGUGCUGAGCUGAAGAGAGUCCAUAAUAGGACUCCCCUGCCACUGAGAAGAAACGUUGUCAACUUACCUUCAGGUAUUUACUUAAUCUGUAAAAAAAAAAAAAAAAAAGUAGAUGUUUUGUACAGAGCCCUGUAUGAAAUAAACACCCUUAAGUGGUUCCUAA